UGAUAGUGGCGGAGAGGACGAUGAGGAUGGUUGCGGUUUCUGGCAAACUUGUUUUAUUUGGUUGUUGUCUAUUUUUAAAUUUGAUAUCUGAAACGAGCGCUCAGAGUGUUGUAGUAUGUGAUAACAGCAAAGGGAACUACACAAUGAACGGCACCUAUGACAACAACCUCAACACCCUUUUAACUCGUCUGUCUUCCAACACCGAAAUCAACUAUGGUUUCUACAACUUGUCGUAUGGUCAAAAUCCAGACAUAGUCAACGCCAUCGGACUGUGCAGGGGAGAUGUUGAGCCAGAGGAGUGCCGCAGUUGCCUCAACGACUCCAGAGGCAAUCUCACACAGAGUUGUCCAAACCAGAAAGAGGCUGUUCUGUGGUUUGAAAAAUGCAUGUUGCGAUACUCGAACCGCUCAAUAUUUGGCCUCAUGGAAACUUCACCUUUGGUUUCAUUGUCCAACGUAAACAAUGCAACCAACGUGGAGCAGUUCAAUGAAGUGCUCGGUAACAUGCUACGGAAUCUAACCGACAGAGCUGCAUCAGGCGACUCUCGUCGUAAGUAUGAUACCGACGAUGCAACUGCGGCAAAUUUUCAAGCCAUAUAUAGUUUGGUGCAGUGCACGCCUGAUCUGUCUCAGACAGACUGCAAUAACUGCUUGAAAGAAUCUAUCUCAGAAAUCCCUACUUAUUGUAAUGGCAAGAGAGGAUGCAGAAUUAUGAAACCCAGUUGUGAUGUCAGAUUUGAAAACUACGCCUUCUACCAACAAGCGACUGCAAUAGACCCACCACCUCCUCCCACCAAUAACACUUCCCAACAAGAAAGUAGUAACACAGUACUAAUUGUCAUCGCCGUAACUGUGCCUACUGUUGUUCUUGUUUUGCUCAUUACUCUCUGCCAAUAUUUAAGGAAGUGGAAGGCAAAAAAAAAAAUCGAAGACGAGGAUGAAAUUAAAAUUGUCGAGUCAUUACAAUUCAACCUGGAAACAAUACGGGUUGCUACAGAUGACUUCUCAGAUUCAAAUAAGCUUGGACAAGGUGGAUUUGGAGCUGUUUACUGGGGUAAGCUCUCCAGUGGACAGAUGAUUGCCGUCAAAAGGUUGUCAAAAGAUUCUGGGCAAGGAGAUACAGAAUUUAAGAAUGAAGUGCUUUUAGUGGCCAAACUUCAACACCGAAAUUUAGUUAGGCUACUUGGUUUCUGCUUGGAAGGAAAAGAAAGACUACUUGCCUACGAAUUUGUUCCUAAUAAAAGCCUUGAUUAUUUCAUAUUUGAUCCAACAAUGAGAGCACAAUUGGAUUGGGAAAAGCGCUACAAAAUCAUUAGAGGUAUUGCUCGAGGUCUUCUCUACCUUCACGAAGAUUCUCGAUUGCGUAUUAUACACCGUGAUCUCAAAGCAAGUAACAUUCUCUUGGACGAAGAGAUGAGUCCUAAAAUAGCAGAUUUCGGCAUGGCAAGACUAGUUCAAGUGGAUCAAACACAAGAAAAUACAAGUAGAAUUGUCGGAACCUAUGGAUAUAUGGCACCAGAAUAUGUAAUGCAUGGACAAUUUUCAGUGAAAUCAGAUGUGUUUAGUUUUGGUGUACUGGUCCUAGAAAUUAUAAGUGGACAGAAAAACAGUGGCAUUUGUCGUGGGGACAAUAUAGAGGAUCUACUAAGCUUUGCAUGGAGAAACUGGAAGGAGGGGAGAGCUAUAAAUAUUGUAGAUCCAUCAUUAAACAGCAAUUCACGAAAUGAAAUGAUGAGAUGCAUCCAUAUUGGUUUACUCUGUGUUCAAGAAAAAUCAUCUGACAGACCAACCAUGGCUACCAUUUUGCUCAUGCUUAAUAGCUAUUCUCUCAGCCUCCCAAUUCCUGCCGAACCUGCAUUUUAUAUGAACAGUAGAACAAUAAGUCUUCCAAACAUGCAGUCAUGGGAGCAUAAUUCAAGUGAACCAAUAAUUAAAUCAGCUCAAGAAUCAGAAAAUGAAGCUUCAAUUACUGAGCUAUACCCUCGCUAGAUUUUGGUCACUGGGUGAGAUUCAUUCAUCAUCAUUCAUUCAUCAUCAAUGCUUAUGGUCUUAAACUAGAAUACAACGUCAUGGAAGUCAUGUAAUUUGUUUCUGCAAUGUCUUGCUUAAAUUGUAAGAGAAUACUUUCUUGUAUUUUUCGUUGCGGUAUGUGUAUUUAGUUGCGUC